AUGUCCCCUGAGUCAGGGGUGAUGGAUGACCUGGAAGAUUGCUAUGGUCUGCCUCCAGUCAGCAGCUGGGAAAUGAUGCAUGCUGUGAAAUGUCUGGGGCCUCAGCUAGAACAGUUGGUGGUGGCUCUGUCAUUUGUUACUGAGCCUGAGCCUGAGCCUGGGCCUGAACCUGAGCUUCAGAAUGAGCUUGAGCCUGAGCCUGAGCUUGAGCCUGAGCCUGAGAAUGAGCCUGACCCUGGACCUGAGCUUGAGCCUGAGCCUAAGCCUGACCCUGGACCUGGGCUUGAGAAUGAGCUUGAGCCUGAGCCUGAGCUUGAGCGAGAAUGA